AUGAAGAAUUCUCUUAUCGCAUUGUAUGGAUGCCUACUGCUAUCCAUUUACCUAAUAAGAUCCCUUGACUUAAGCAAUAAAAAGAUAGAUAUAAGCUAAUACAGCUCAUACUUUACUCAAGACAGUACAGUAAACGAAGCAGAAACUUAUGAUUAUCGUAUAUUAUAAGAUUAAUCAAGUUUUCAAAAUCCAAAAGUAAUAAAGAUAUGCAAAGAAGCUUCUAACUCAACCAUUAGUCAAUCUAAAGUAAGUAAAUUUAAUACAGCUUAUGAUGAAUACAGAGGCGCAUUUGGACCUGCUAUUGGCGAUGAAUUAAUUAGAGAUUAAAAAGUACCUGAGACAAAUAAAUUAAUUUAGAAAGCAAUUAUUUUAGGUAUCUUACUAAUAUUCUUUUUAAUAACUCCUAUAAUAACUUUCUGCUAUUGUUGUUACUGCUGCUGCGAUUAAAAAUGUCCAUGCUGUUGCAAGGAUGAUAUCUAAAAGAAUCCCUUCACAAAGAGAUAAAUGGUUUACACUUUGAUAUGCGUUAUUUUAUUCUCUGCUCUCACCCUAUCUACCAGUGUCGCUGGAUAUAUAUAUUCUAGUGAUAUUAACUCUUCUUACAAAUCUAUGAAAUGUGUGGUUGUAUCUAGCUUAGAUAAUUUAAAUUUAUAAUAAAAUUACAAUACCUCAGAUGGAACUCAAGCUAAUUUUAUUGGGCUAAAUGGUCUUAAAACUUAGGUAAAUACAAUAACUUCUAAAAUAGAUAACUAUGUAGCUCAAAUCAAUAGUUUUGCUACUUAUAGCUCAACCUAAAGUAGUAAUAUUUAGAAAGUUUCAGAUUCUAUUACUAGCAUGUUUACUGCUUUGUAAACUGUAGAUUCUAGCUUUAAGACUCACUAGAAAGGUGAAAGUUCUGGAUUUAGUGAUUUUUCUGAUUCCACUUAACCAUCUCGUUUCUAUGGAGAUACUUACUCAAACCUCGUUAAUUAAAUGGUUACAGCUUAGAAUUAAGCUUCUUCUGCGGCAGUUUCAGCUAUGAAAGAAGCCUCAGACCAAGCUAAAUCUUUUGCUUAAGAUAAUCAAAAUUCGAACUCAAUAAAACAACCAUUAUAAGAUGCUUUAAGUCAAAUCAGUAAUGGCCAGAGUCAAAUUAAUAGCUAUAUUAAUUAAAUUGACGAUAAUAGCUAAUUGACUGAUCAAGUAUUUAACUUAAUCACAAUCUUUUUGAUGGCAUUCUAUGGUGUAUUCAUAUUUAUUGCUGUUGUUGGGUCAAUUCUCUCUUUUGUUGGUUAUAUUAAGCAUAUGCUCAAGGUCAGAUACUGCUUAAAUAUCUUCUGGUGCCUUCUUGGUUUGCUUACAUUUAUAGGAUUUUUAUUAUGUGUAAUACUUGGUAUUCUCACAAUUGUACUUAUGGAAGGUUGUAAUACAACAGAUAAAAUAUUUAAUGACAAAACCUAUCUUAGUUCAUUUUCUCAAUUAACCGCAGAUGAUAUUAGUUACUUAACAACCUGUAAGGCUAGUUUAGGUGGUAAAGGUGAUAUUCUAACCAAGUUUAAAAUUUAAGAUAAGGUAGAUACUAUGACAGAGACUUAAAGUGAUCUUUAAAAAUCAUAUGAUUCAUUUGACAUUACUUAAUAUUAAAAAUUUGAAUAAUAUAUGCAAUUUUUCUUAAAUUAACACCUAACAAUGCAAAAUUAUGGAAUAUUUACAGAUAGAUCUGAUUAAGAUUGGGUCACUACUGGUCCUGAUUAGCUUGCAAAAUAUAAUAUUAUUUUAGACUAUGAUAAUGCUGUUAAAAUAUAUCAAGCUUAAAUCAGUUAAUUGAAUAACAGUGUAACAAGUUCAAAUGCAUAUAAUUGUGUUUCAAGUAGUGCUUAUGAUUAAUUUGUUAUAAAAGAUGAUUAAUGCGCAAAUAAUUACAACAAUCUUCAUCCCGUGUCGUAAACUGAUUUUUAAACUGGAUUAACUGGAACUAAUUGCGUGAGUUGGUAAACUAUUUCAUAAUUACCUAAUCUUCAAACAGAUACUUAAAGUAGAUAUACUUCAUGCACAACAAAACCUUGGGAUUUAUUUUACUCAAAGUUUAAAACAUAUGUUGCAUUUUCUACAACAAGAUAUGCUAAAUCAGAAACUUUUAAUUAUAAAGAUUCAAGCAAUACUGGCCAAACAAUAACUUUAAUUAGAAGUGAGUUUAUAAAUAACGUUAUUAUUCCUCAAUAAUCAUCAAGUAAUGCAGAUGGUUUUGGUUAUAUGUUGUUAGAUUUCAAAAACAAAGUCAAUAGUCAAGUACUUGAUGGAAGUAAAGAAAUUAGCGAUGCGUUAACAGGAAAAUAAGGAUUGCUAAAUAAUGUAAAUUGCCUCUUCUUUGGUUAUACUUUAGAUAAUUUACAAAAUACUAUGUGUGCUGAUAGUGGACUAUCUAUUUACAACACAUUCAAAAUUAUGUGUGUUUUAACUUUCAGUAAUUUCAUUUUGCUUGUAUACCUCUACAAGAUGUCUAUGAAAUUUUUAGGAAAGAAAAAAGAAUAAGAAUUGCAGAUGGCUAAACCCUAACAUUAAGGUGAAAAUAUUGAGAUUGUUGGUUUAAAAUAGGCUUGA